UUUAUCUGUCACCAACAUUUAUUAUUUAAAAAUAAUAAACAAGACAAUUUAUAUAUUAUUUUAUUUUUCAUUAGUUUCAGAAGUAUUAUUACAUACUUACAAUAGAUAAUCUGAAAUCUAAUUUAAAUAAAUAUAUAAAGGCUGAUAUUUUGUUGUUAUAUUUAAUUUUAUCAAAAAAAAUACAAAAAAAUAAUUAAAAUGGAAACCGGAUAUAAAAUUGAUGAUUGUCGAUGCUACGGCCCGAUUAAAAAGCCCGAUGAAGCCAAAGCUGCCCGUCCUACGCCUUGUUGUCCGUGCCCAUGUCCCGCUGAAAAAUGCAAAGUAACUUUACAAACCGUACAAAAGUUGGUCGAAGCAGAAAACAAGGAUAUUGAACUUUCUGAAGUUUUGGGCGGUAUCACGAUACUGGAUGAACGAAGACCGAAAAAGAAAAUAAUCGACAUGUACGACGCCACGUCCAAGGAAAAUCGAGAGGAAACCGAAACCAACGUAGAUCCGCAAUAUUUAGCUUAUAUAAUGAGAUCAAUCGAGAACGGACUAAGCAUGAAAACUGAUCCGAUCCAAGUGUACGAACACCUGUUUGCCAAAGGAAAUGUCGAGGCUCCUCUCGUAGGAAUCGGUCCAACAGCAGCCAUAUCAACCGAAGAUAUGGUCGUACCUCAUACACCUCCGACCGUCAUAAACGUAAAGGAUCCGGAAAUGGAACUAGGCUCACGCCUGGACACUAUUAUUCCCAGGCUUAACGUGUCCUUGGCGGAAGCGACGACAAUAGAUAAUGUCGACGAUUUGCAGGUAUUACUUGGCGGGAGUUUUCCCGACAAACAGGCUUCCACGACCGAUGACCAGGAGGCGCCCCGCAGUUUGUUGUUGGAAACUCGAGAGCCCCAUCAAUCGGCGGCUGUGCUUAGGGGGUCUACGCCUCCCACUUGGUUCCCGGGCUACAACGUGGCUCUGCCGAACACCGCUCACCCGGGUUUGGAAACCGAUCCAGAGUCCGUUUUGGACGAAGCUUGGUUUCACAGUCAGCCUCUGUCAUUAAAAUUAGAAGAUAAAGGCGCCAAGCUCAUUGGGUCUUAGACAAAAAUGAAAAUUCUACAAUAAAUGUUAAACAGAAGCGUUGUACAUAAAUAUAUUUUUAAUAAAAUAUACUAAGAAAUAUCAACUAAACUCGCAUAUUCAAUAAUAACCAGAUAUCACUUGAUAUCUGACCGGAGGGCCCUGU